UUGGGGACUGUUUACAGUGUAGCUCCUGGAGACCGUUAGGGACGCGGGAUUAAGUAAAUUAGUUUUACAAAACCUCUCGACAGAUUCGAGUUAUUGUUGGCCUGAAGUCAGGAAAAAAGAGCACUGAGUACGCAUACAACUGCAAAACUUAAUCAUCAGAGGAAUUUUGAAUUUACUGAGGAUAGCGGCUUUUCCUCUAGAGUUCCUGCGUUAUAACGAAUCCGCGUCGAAAAGUCUAAGGGCUAUUUGACAUCGCCUCUCCCACGUGUUCUCUUCCAUCCAGCGACUGCGGCGCCCGCCCUGACCCAGACCCUCCGCCCCUAGACUGGACUGGCAGCGCAGCCCCCCAGCCUCGCACUGGUGUCGGAUGCGAGAGCCUGUGCUUAAGUAAGAAAUCAGGCUUCAUUGGAGACAUUCAAGCAAAGGUUGGACAACUAAUUUUCCAGAACAAAAAGGAAACUCAUGCAUCAGAAAAGGUGACUAAUAAACAUAGCAAAAGAAUAUGGCUGCACAAAUACCAGAAUCUGAUCAGAUAAAACAGUUUAAAGAAUUUCUUGGAACCUACAAUAAACUUACAGAAACCUGUUUCUUGGACUGCGUUAAAGACUUCACAACAAGAGAAGUAAAACCUGAAGAGACCACCUGUACAGAACAUUGCUUACAGAAAUAUUUAAAAAUGACACAGAGAAUAUCCAUGAGAUUUCAGGAAUAUCAUAUUCAGCAGAAUGAAGCCCUGGCAGCCAAAGCAGGACUCCUCGGCCAACCACGAUAGAGAAGUCCUGAUGGCCGGACUUUAGAUUAAACAUUGCCAGCAGCUGUUGUGACGGAA